AUGAAGCGUGGCAAGAAUAUUAAGGCCCCAGUAAACGAUAACAUUUUCAACCUGGCCCUGAAGAAGCUGUCCAGCAAAGCCUACGGUUUCUUAGCUGCCAUUUUCACGAGAUGCUACAACACUGUUGUCGGCGACCUGGCCUUCCUCGACGAUGACGCGAUUGAAGGUAUACAAAGAGAUGUCCAGCUGUUCCCAACAACGACAGGCCAGAACGAAGUUGAGUGGAAAAAGAUUUUGAAUUAUUACGGUGAUCUUAGCGAAUUCAGGUUCACUACGGGGGAGCGCAGUUCACUAAAGAUGAUUGCUGCAACCAUAAGAAGAAAUGGGAUAACCAAGUUCAGUAGAAGUAUGCUACGAAGUAUACCUGAACAACAGCAGCAAGCAUCAACAUACGGCACUCCAGAUAAUGAAAAUUGGCUUGCGGAAAUACACGGUGCCAAUAUAACCAUCUCUAACGAUGAUAGUGGUAGGAAAGUACUGGUGUCUUGCCCAUUUUGCGGUACCAUUGUUAUGAUUCGUCCAGAACCGACGGGAACAUGGAAAGUGUCAAAUUUUUCUGCUCACAUCCGUUCAAAGCACUUGUCUGAACCGAACUCCAAACAACCCCAAAACCGUGGAACAAAGCGGCCGUAUUCCGAAUAUGAUGAGCAAAAUGCACAAAGUGUUCUCAACGAAGAUUGUAGCAUUGCAGAGGUACUUGUGGAAGAAUAGAUAGAGCCCGAAACAUCAACUAUGACC